GGUCAGAGAGGUUGUGAAACGGGGCGUGCUCUUGCCGUAGACUAAGCGCUCUUGCCUCGCGCUCGGUCGAAUCGGUAGUCUGGUAUCAGGACGCUAAUAGGAAUCUUGCACUAGUAGCAGCUUAUAAACUUUUCUCCCGCGUAUGAGGAUGAUAUUGUAGGGGAAAUACAUAGCAACAGCUCAUCAUGCAUUGUUGAUUGCAAAGACAAAACAUGAUUGAUAGAUCUAACUACUCUGGAAAAAUCCGAUACCAUUGGCUUCAGUAGCUAACUAUUAAGCAUUCGAUAUGUCAAAUAUAUCUUAUAUUGUGAUACUCCUGGGAGUCUUGUUUGGGUCCCCCGAGGCCGCUGGGAAGUGCAAGGCCAAGAAAGGGGAGCUGGACCAGUGCCUGGGCGUGGUGGCACCCCUCAUGCCCAAGGUCGGCCUGCCACACACGAGGCCGCAGCUCAACAACAUGUGCAGGGCCUUCAAGGGAGGGAUGGCCUGCGUGGACCGCUACACCUCCAGCUGCCUCUCGACGGAGGAGCGCACGGAGCUGGAGCAGCAUCUCAAGGGCGCCAGGUCCUUCCUCGCCUUCCUCUGCGACGACCCCGUCUUCCAGCGAGAUUACCUCUCCCACGGGUCAUGCCUCAGGGACGUGAGCGACGAUUGGGAGAAAUGUCAUUACCACUUCAAGCACUUGGUCAGCCUCCAGCACCGCAUCCCCAACAUCACUGAAGCCACGAGGGACCACAACAUAUGCUGCAUCCGCGAGGGCUUCCUGUCCUGCGUCUACGGCGUGAGUUACUUCCGCUGCGAGAAGCACCAGGCGAUGUUCCUGAAGAAGGUGACGGCGACGCUCUCCUACAACGACGUGCAGGAGGAGAAGUGCCGCAACGUGAGCCUGAGGAUGUGCUCGGGCGCGGCUGGCACUCGUGGCACUGAGGCUCUCGCGGCAGCCCUUGGAACUCUGGCCCUCCUGUGGUGGCGGCGUCCAUCCGUGUCGUAAAUUCUAUAACGGUGACAGAUUUUUUUUUUUUUAACCAAUUCCUUUCCUUUUUCCUUUUGUUUUUCUUGUUUUUUUAAUUAUUAUAUUUUCUUCUUCUCUUUUUUUUUCUUAUUUUCUCCUUUCGUUCUUGGAAUAGCAUUGUCGGUUUGACCCGCAAUUACAAAAUUACUCAUCCAUAAAAAUCCAUUUACAGUUUUGGAAUAUUUUCAUACGGUCUGGUGUCACAGUAUUGGUUCGGUUGGAAGGAAAAAUUACAAAACAAAAAAAAAGCCUUUAUAAAAGCUUAUUAUAUUUUUAUAUCUCGAAAAAAGCAAAACAAAACCUCUAGAAUCUGUAAGCGAAGUGCAUUGUGAUAAUUGAAAAGGUGAGAGAACUGGAAGAAAUGUCAAAUAAGGGAAUAUUAUCCUUGGCAGUAAAGUGAGAUAGAUUUCACGUGGCUGAAAGGACGAACUUUGACCUCACUGACCUGAUAUAUGAGACUGUGGGAUGAGAGGUCCAAUCCUGCCACUCGAAAAGAAGACUGACUUGUUGUGAGUGUAUUAUCAAAGUUUAAAGGAACCAAGCUGUUUCAUAUGUUUGCCUAAGUGUAUUGGAGUGUUUUGCGAUUUGCUGCACUGUUUGUGAUUUACGUUCAGCUGAACAUCAAAGGUACCUGCAUUAUUUUUGUUUUUAUUUAUUUCUCUCUCUUCUUCUCUCUCUCUCUCUCUAUCUCUCUCUCUCUCUCCCUCUCUCUCUCUCUCUCUCUCUCUCUCUCUCUCUCUCUCUCUCUC